GUUCAGGAUCAUGUCUCGUCGCAUAGAGUCACGUUUUAUUUUUGACAUUGAAGAAAACACGCGAAUUUUUCGCCACCAACGUUUUGUCAAUGGAUCAAGGAGAGCUGAUUGUCCUUCCUGCGAAAGUCGAGUGCCAUCCAACGAACCGUACAGUCAUCACUGGGUCAAGGAUCCCAACAGUAUCCAGCUGGGCCAGGAAGAGAAGGCGAUCCUGAAAACAAUCGAUGAUCAGCACAUUGAGACAUUUAUCCUGUGCGAUAGCAGUCUACCGGCCAGGACAAAUGACUUUCUUUUGAAUGCUGGGAUGGAUGCAGUGCCGCAGCUGCUGAGAUUUCUAAGUUUUGGAACCGAAAAACUUGACGCCACCGUUGGCUUCUAUGUCGAUGUGAAAAAAGAACGCAUGUACUACGAAAGUAGUCCCUUGAGUAUUGAAAACCAUCUCGAUAUCGGAGAGGCAGUGGACAUGAUAUUUUCCAUGCUGCUGGAGAAGAUUAGCAACUAUGUGCUAUUGCACCAAAGAGUCCCGUUGGAGGCAUGUGUCAUUCGAAGGAUGAAGCUGACUGUCCGAAGACACUGCCUCUCCUUAAACUCCAACUGCAAAUUGCCUUUGCAAUAUCGGGUUAAAAACGCAGCAGGUGGUAGCAAAACCUCCAAUGCAGAACUGGCUUUGAUUGCUGAAAAUUAUUUAAAGCAUCCAGAGAAAGGAAGAGAAAUUCCUCAAAAUCUGCAACUAAAUCUAUACAGUUUUCGGGUCUGCCCCACUUCCAAAGAAUUAUACGCAGUUCCUUAUUUACUUCGCGGCGAGGAUGUGGAGCACACGCCAACGUUUGUAGUGCAAACUGAUGUUAUUGGAAGUUUCCUUGGCCUGCAAGAAGUCCACAAUAUCCGAAAAUUCCUGCGGAUCGACAGCAAGGAUCGGGUGACCGAAUGCCGCCAGUGUCAGUCCCAUUUCGUGGAUCGAGUUCACUUCGCCCUCCAUAAACAAAUCGACUGUGGACGUGGAUUCAUGGUAUGGCACAUGGACAAGGAUGCCAUCGAAUUGCAUGAAAACUGCUUGCCUUUGCCGAAGGAUUACUUUAAGUACGAAUGGAUUGGUGUGGGCGGCAAAAGAAGCUAAUGAACUGUAACAUAUAAAUAUUAU